GACUUAUUUCGGAUGCCCUAACUUGCUAAACAACAACUGAAAUUCGAAAGCAGCAUGUUUUGAUUGUUAUUGUCAAUUCAAAAACUCCAUUGAAGCGGGAAAUUCGCCCUCCGUUUGAGCUCCACCCUCAGCUCCAAACCAGGGGAUUAUGGGACCGAAGACCAAACAAACGAUGAAGAAGAUACUGAAGAACCCCACUCCCGCCGUUGAAGAUGUCAUAACCAAAUCCAAGAAGAGAACACGAAAGGUCUACCAAUCGAAACCGCAACCAGCGUUUACCAUCGGCGACAUAGAAGAUUUUCAAUUUAGGGAAGAUGAAGUUAAAGAAAUUAGGGCAUCCUUGUUGAAAUGGUACGACGCUAACCGGAGAGACCUUCCAUGGCGGAGGAUCAACGACUCCGAUGAUGACGACAGAGAUAGAAAAGCAUACGCUGUGUGGGUUUCGGAAAUCAUGCUUCAACAAACAAGAGUUCAAACUGUUGUAAACUAUUUCAAUCGGUGGAUGGAGAAAUGGCCGACUGUUCAUCACCUAGCUCGAGCUUCCAUCGAGGAAGUUAAUGAGAUGUGGGCAGGAUUAGGUUAUUACAGACGAGCAAGGUUCUUGCUGGAGGGAGCAAAAACGAUUGUUGAAGAAGGAGGCCAGUUUCCAAAAUCGUUGAAAGAUCUUCGUAGGGUUCCAGGAAUAGGUGAAUACACAGCUGGUGCAAUUGCCUCUAUAGCCUUUAAAGAGGCAGUGCCUGUGGUUGAUGGAAAUGUUGUUCGGGUGAUUGCUAGAUUAAGAACAAUAUCCGCAAACCCUAAAGACAAAGAAACUGUGAAAACCAUAUGGAGAUUAGCGGGGCAACUAGUUGAUGAGGAUAGGCCGGGAGAUUUCAAUCAAGGUCUUAUGGAACUUGGUGCUACAUUAUGUAAACCCUUAAACCCUAAUUGUUCUACUUGCCCGAUAUCCGCUCAAUGUGGUGCACUUUUGGAGUCCAAACAAAACCUAUCGAUUGUUGUUACUGAUUAUCCAACUAAAGUAGCAAAAGUGAAACAAAGGCACGAUUUUUGUGCCAUUACUGUUGUUGAAAUAUUGGAAAGUGAAGAUAGAAUGAAUAGUAAAUUUCUGCUUGUGAAGAGACCGGAAGAAGGUUUACUUGCAGGACUUUGGGAGUUUCCAUCGGUCUCUUUGAAUGGGGAAGAAGCUGAUGUGGAUGCAAGGAGAGAAGCUGUUGAUGAUUUCUUGAAGAAUUCGUUUGGUUUAAAUCUUGAUAUUGUUUCACGAGAAGAAGUAGGUGAAUAUGUUCAUAUUUUCACGCACAUCCGCCUCAAGAUGUAUAUCGAGCUCUUGGUUCUACGUUCACAAGAACUGCGUAGAAAGGAGAAAGGAGAAAUGUCAUAUAAAUAUGUGGAUACGAAAACACUUGGAAGCAUGGGGUUAACGACUGGAGUUAGAAAGGCUUACAACAUGGUCCAGAAGUUUAAACAGAGUAGAUCAAGUCUCUUGAAAACAGUUUCUAGUUGAAGAUACUUUGAUGUUCUAAUCAAUGUAUUAUCGAUUAAUCUGUUAUGUACAUUAUCAGCCAAUGAAUCGGUAGCUAUUUUUGGAAAUCAACUUGCUUG